AUGAUCUUUUCAAGAACCGCAGCCAUUAGUAUCGCCUUGGCUUCCACCAACUUUUUGACCGGAGUUUCCGCCAACAACAAGUACCUCCACGAUGACUACUCUGACUUGACUUUGGACCAACCAUCCACCAAGUACUGCUCCCCAAGAAGCAUCCUCCAGGUCGGCCAGGGCACCGAAUUCGUCUCCAACCACAAGAGACAUAUUGGCGCUGAUGUCGGAGCCCAAGUUGCCGCUGACGUCUUAGGACUUGUCGGUGUCGAUGUCGGCGCUGGUGUCGGCGUUGAUGUUGGCAAGAGACACAUUGGUGCUGACGUUGGCGCUCAAGUUGCCGCUGACGUCUUAGGCCUUGUUGGUGUCGAUGUCG